AUGUCUUCCGCCACCAACUUCUUCGACUUCAAGGUGCCCGACGCCACCGACAACGAAGUCCCGCUGGACAAGUUCAAGGGCAAGGUCGUCCUCGUCGUCAACACCGCGUCCAAGUGCGGCUUCACCUACCAGUACAAGAACCUCGAGUCCGUCUACCAGGCCAUCAAGAAGGAGUACCCCGAUGACUUUGUCGUCCUCGGCUUCCCCUGCAACCAGUUCGGCGGCCAGGAGCCCGGCAGCAACGAGGAGAUUCAGAACUUCUGCUCGCUCGACCAAAAGGUCACGUUCCCCGUCAUGGGCAAGGUCAACGUCAACGGCGACGACGCCCACCCGCUGUACAAGUGGCUCAAGCAUGAGAAGCCCGGCCUGCUCGGCCUGGAGAGGGUGAAGUGGAACUUUGAGAAGUUCUUAAUCGGCCGUGAUGGAAAGGUGAUUGGGCGCUGGGCCAGCACGACGGAGCCGGAGAAGAUUCAGGAUAAGAUUAUUGAGGCCAUCAAGCAGCCCGCGCCCUAG